AUGAACGAGACAUCAUCUUUGGGAUUGACUGAGGACAAGCUCGUUUAUUACAGUUCUCUAUUUUUAACGAUUCUUUCAUCAAUCGCUUUGGUUGUAAAUGCCUAUCUAUUGAAUUGUUCUCGUUUUCUCAGACGUCCAAUCGGUGUAAAUCUUCGUCUUUGUGUGACUCUGACUGCCGCUGAUGCUUUAUGUGCUCUUUUCUACAUUCUUACCUAUACGGUCAACGUGCUCACUCAGCCAAACAAUGUCUCCAAUUGCUGGUUGUUGCUUAUUGAGGUCUUUAAAUUGGCAACCUUUUUCGCGUCAGUGUUCACUCUGCUAGCAUUGGCGUUGAAUCACUAUGUGGGAAUCGUUUAUCCACUCCGACGACAUGCAAUUACUCCAAAAACUGUGAAAAUGGCGAUUGCUCUCUCAUUUUUACUCCCGUUGAUCUCGUUUGUGACCGUCUUUUCUGUACAUCCGGGUGGAUUCCGAGCAGACGUUGCUUUCGGUUUCUUUAAUGAAAAGGGAUGUCAAGUGCUGACUGCUUUACAAGAUCCAUUAAUUCGAUGGAUUCAAGUGGUUCCAUUCAUUUUUGUCGUUCUUCUCUUAUCUUUUCUCUACAUUCACAUCAUGUUGCAUAUGAGUAAGAUCGCAAAGGAUCCCUUAUUGACAAUCAACAACAAUCAUCGCUUCAGAAGGAGUACAAAUCGAAAGUUAUUGGUCACAUUAAUGCUAUUAGCUGGAUCAGCUUGUAUAGGAUGGUUACCAACAACGAUCACUCACGUUUUGACCUGUCACACUUGUCUCUUCGCAUUGCCAAGAAACUACGCUUCUUAUUUAGCUAUUUUCUCGCAAGCACUGAAUAUCCUAAAGUUAAUUGCCGAUGCUUUCAUUUACGCUUCUCGUCUCAUCGAAAUUCGUUACUCGAUCUGGGCUUUCAAUCAGGCGUUGAGGGGGAAAUUUCCUAUGCCAGGUGUUCCCGCUGUUCGAUCCAGUGAGCACAAUGUCCCUUCCGAAUUCUCUCGAUAUGUCACUGACACAAAAGAGAACAAAAAGGAACGCCAACAGCUAGCCGCUCUUGAUGGACCAAUCAGAAAUUGUACGGUGAAAACGCGGACGACGUCAAUGUUUAUGGCUCCGUCAGCUCGACCCUUCAUUCAAAGCAAUAGCACGAGAUCGAUGAAAAUUCUUCGACCACCACCCUAUCAUCAGCAUCAUCACCAAAGUGGAGCUCAAACGAAA